AAACUUGUUUCGAAACGAAAAACUAUCAACAAAAAGUUAUCUUAACUUUGACUCGAUUGAAAUGAAGCAACGAUAAUAUUUUAUCGUCAGAACUCAACCAGAUAACAACAAUCAACGAAUUGUUUAUUUGAUUAGUUAAUCGUUUCCAACUGAAUCCAUAAUCUAAUCUUGAGGUUUUUUUGUUUACUAAUCUUGGUAAUUGUUUUUUUUUGUUCGUGAUUCACAUUGUGAGUGCGUCUUUUAAUUAGUGGGUCUAAUUUUGUGCUCUAAUCUAAUCAAAUGUCGACCGCAACAAUUAUGAGAACCAACCAAACGGUUGAUCGUUUCAAUUACUAUUAUCACGAUGUUUGGGAAGUCUAUGGUGACCCUCGAGUGUCCAAUAUGCCGAUGAUGAAUGGUGGACCUUGGAUCGUUCUUGCGAUAACCGGAGUCUAUAUACUUUUUGUUAAACUCCUUGGACCCGCUAUCAUGUCAAAACGUGCACCAUAUGACCUGAGGUCGACAAUAUUUUGGUACAAUAUUGCGCUGGUCAUUUUGAAUGGACUUUUCUUCAUCUACUCGGCGAUGUUUACCCGUUUCGGUAUUCGUACCUGGCAGUGUAAUCCAAUUGACCCCUCACAAUGGGAUAAUGAGGUUAAACUUAAGCUCAGUGUUGCCUGGAUUUUUGUAAUGUCCAAAUUUGUUGACCUUUUGGACACAAUUUUCUUCGUGUUUCGUAAAAAAUAUAAUCAAGUGUCCGCUCUUCACGUUAUCCAUCAUUCCCUGGUACCAAUUAAUUGUUGGAUGGGAUUUAAAUAUGUUCCCUCUGAAUCGGCCGCUUUCAUGCCCUUCCUAAACUCUUUUGUUCACAUGGUCAUGUACACUUAUUAUGCCCUUUCAACCUUUGGUCCAAAGGUGACACCUUACCUCUGGUGGAAAAAGUAUCUCACCCAAUUGCAGAUCAUUCAAAUUGCCCUGGUUUCCAUUCACUGUGUUUACAUUGCCCUUUUACCUUCAUGCAAAGUGCCAAAGUUUGUCUUCCUCAUCGCUCUACCUCAGGCACUUCUGGUUCUUGCAAUGUUUUGCUCAUUUUUCACCAAUUCAUACACAUCAACACCCAAACCAAUUUCAUCCUCAUCCUCAUCCUCAUCUUCAUCAUCUUUAGCCAAGCAAAAAUCAUCUUAAUUUCUUGAUAAAAUUUUUUUCUUCUCUAUUUCAAAUCUUCUCAAUGUACAUCGUAAUUGAACCUCAAACGCCGGUGUUUAAAUAUCGAUAACUUUUUAAUUAACCUAAUCACUUAGUAAACAUAAUUACUCACUCAUUCAGAAUUUGAUCCGAAUUGAUGUUCCGUUAUUGAGCUUUGAAUAGGCAAGUGUAUAUUUCCGAAAGUUCUGUAUAUUGAAUAACGAAAACAACAAAUAAGAUCGAAAAAAAAUCGAUUCGAAAAAUUGUUCGUUCGUUUAUUAUUAUUAUUAUUAUUAUCGUUGGAAAACUUUUCGAACUUUUUUUCGAAUCGAUUUUUUUUCCGCAAAUCAACAAUUUUACCAACGAAAUAAUUAUGUAAGGUAAACAAAUUAACUAAUUGCUAAAUGAAUGAAACAAAAGAAUCAACUAAUUAAUUGAAAUAAUGGUAAAUAAAAAAAAGUAGGUAACACUAACUACGCACAAAGAAGUUGAUUAUGAUUCUAAUACAUUUAAUUUCAUAUUAUUAUCAUUAUUAUAAUAUGAUUAUUGGUUGAUUGUUAACUUACUCUAGAGUGAUUAGCGAUUAGUGAUCCGAGUAGUAGUCAGUAUUAAGUAAAUUGUUGUUACGUUAAUUACUUUACCCAUUAUGAUUACUGUUAAUGUUAAUAUUGUGUAUCGACGUUGAUUGUUACCGUUUGGUGUUGAUUGCAAGUAAAUUGUUGCCUUAAUUUUAAUUCUCUUCUCUCUUUUCCUUAAUUUACUUUAAAUUUUAUUAUCAUUUAUAAAUUACCUUGUUUUUUAUAUAUAUACCUGUCACUAUUUCACCUGAUUCAUUAAGUUAAUUGUCAAGGAAAUCAGUUGAUUCAUCAUUCAUGAUGAUUAAGCUUAUGAAUUUUUUUCUGUCUUCAUUUUUUUGAUUAAGAUAAUGAUAUUUGUAUCUAUUGCUAAUAUGAAACAUUGUUUGAUUGUUGUUAGUGUUAGUUAAUUGUUAUCCUUUUUGUGAGGUUUGUAAAAAAAAACCUUAAUUAUUUGAAUGAUUAAUGAUCAACAAUUUGAAUCAAUUUAGAUGAUUAAGUUUUUUUUUAAGUUCACUUAUUGGGUUAACUCCAAUGUUUUUAUAUCUCAUCUGAAUUCUGGCAAUUGAGAGACAAUUAGUCAAUCAAUCAAUCAGUUGGACAAUUGGCUAAUUGUUACUGUUGGUUAAUUUAAUUUUUUGCUUCUUUUAAAUGUAAUCAUUGUGAUCAUUGGCAUCAUUGGUUAAUCACAAUUAAUUAUUUCUAAUUCAAUGUAUAAAACAAUUAUACUGAUUUUUUUUCUUAAUUGUUGUACAGUUUGUGUCUUUUGUAAAUCAUUGAAAUCUAACCAACUAAUUAAAUUAAUCCUCUUGUGUUUUUUACAACAA